AUGAACUAUAUAUAUUUGAACUCAGGAUCUCUUACUUAAAAUCAACCUUAAUAUAAUUUCAAUUAAGUCCAGCACCCCUACAUUGCGAUACCAACAAGCUAUAUUUUGUAUCCAAUCAAUUAAUCAUCAGUAAUUUAAAGCUCUCAAUAAAUGGCAAUUUCUGAAAUCUCAAAAAUUAAUCCAACGAUCUAACUCAUCUAGAACAAUGUAACUUAGCAGCAUUCUGGAGCUUAACUGAGUAAUGAAAUAAUUGGAACUCAAAAUCAAUAGAAUAAUGAAUAAAAAUGCUCUAAUGAACUAAAGUCUUUUGAAGAUUCCUAAAUUUAAGAGAAAAGUAUUUAAUAUGCCAUGGACUGCAAUGACGAAAAGAGGAUGCUAGAUGAUUAAAAUAAUAAUCAUUUAUCGAAUAAUUUAUUAUCAUCUAACUCUACAAAUCUUAAUCUUAACUCAGAAGCAGUACAACCAACUUCAGAAGAAGUAUAAAAGAAGCCACUUCAAUGUCUCAUUAGGUUUUUAAAAAUAAAAGAAAAAGCAGACGUAAAAAUAUUGGAAGAAUCAUCAAUAAAAUCAGAGUCCACGUUAAAUUUGAAAUCGGAAGAAGAAGAAGUCUCAGAAAAAAUAUCUGUAGAAGAUCAAGUAGAUUAGCUCUGCAGUGAAUAAAAACGAUUUUAUAAGAACAUUAUCAUUUCUAAGAGACAACUCGACCAGAUAAGAGAGUAUGAAAAAAGAUUUCCAAAUAGAUGUCUAAAGCACUUAAAUAAGGAAUUAAUGAAAGCAGGUGAAAGUAUUAAGGGUAAGACUAUAUACUGGAUCUAUAAAAAAGGGCUCUCACGAAGCUAAUGGAUAAGCACAAAGAUAAAUUAGCAAUAAAGCUGUGUAACCUGCAAAAAGGCAUGGUACUACAAGUACCAAAUGAAUGUUCUUAAAAAUGAGUACUAGAAAAAUCCUCAUUGGAGCAAAGGAAAGAUCACUGAGCUUGCUGCAAAACUAAAUAUGAAAGAAAGUUAAAUAUAUAAAUGGAGAUGGGACAGCAAAGAAAAAUUCUAAGCUUAGAUUUAAACACGAGCUAGCGACAUUCUCCUGCCAGAUAGAAUAUUUGAGAUAGAAAAAAUAGACAAGGACUAGAGAGACUCUCGUAAAAAGUACAUUUACCCAAAACAAUCAGUAUAUUUUAAGGUUCAACAUUCAAACAAAGAUAAAUUUCCAAAGAUCAAGCACUCGUAGUGA